CAAAAUAAUAUCCUCGUAUAGGCUAUUACGUUUAUUACCUAGACAUAACUAGAACACAGUUGGCUAAAAUGUGCGGGGAUGAAAACAUUUCGAGAAGAAGAAAAUGGUGCCACCAUUCUUCUUUUUUACUUUGUCUUAAGAUUAGUCAGAUCAUCUUUCUAUUAAUUGCAAUCAGUGAAGUCAUUUCUGGAAUAGUUCACCUGUUAUUAAAACUCGACAGUGGAUUCGUACAGCUAAUCAUCGGCAAUAUAUUCCUACUUAAUUUUAUUCUGUUAAGAUGUAUCACUUUUCGAAUUAGCCAGUCACGAAACGAAUUAGUAGAAGAAAUAGUACCAACUGCACAAAUAUCGAGACAAUCUUCAUUCACUUAUCUGGAACUUUCGGUUUUCUCGGGCAUUGGCGAAAGGGUUGCCGAAUUUUCCGACACUCGGUACGUUGAAACUGACCAUCGAACCCUUCAAUCGUCGUUAGUGUUCGAACGAAAUAGAGAAAAUGAUGUAGAGUUACCUUCGAUAUCCAACCAAAUCUGUCAGAAUUAUCUGGAGUUACCAUCAACAUCCAGUCAAAUCCCUCAGAAUUAUCCAGAAUCGGCAUCGACGAGCAGCCAAAUCUCUCGGAGUUCUUUAGAAUCACCACUAAUGUCCGGCCAAACAUUUCCGGAAUAUUCGAAAUUACUACCAACGACUAGUCAAAUCUUUGGAAAUUUUUUCGAAUAUCAUCAUCAUCCAGCCAAAUUAUUGAAGACUACGUGGUAUUACCAUUACAAUCCAGCUACACUAUCAAAAACUGUCUGGAAUUCUCAUCAACAUCCAGCGAGACUCACCAAAGUAGUUACGAAUUACGUCAAUCAACCGGCAAAAAUUUCAAGUGUCAUUUGUAAAUACCAUUAUAGUCCAGCUAAAAUGCACCAGAGUAAGUGGAAAUGUCAUCUACAUCCCGCUAAAUCUCCAAAAAUUUCGCACUGACAUCAGCAUCUAGUCAAAAACUUUGUAAAAAUCUCGUAGAAUCCACGAAAGAUUUUCUUAAUCUUUUGUAACAGACAUUUCACACGGCAAUCUUUAUCAGAAAACAGUCGCGCAAUGUAAAAUGUAUAAUUUCCUGUAUGAAAACAAAUUUUUAUAUUUUUAUAAAAAACAAAUGUAUAGAGAGAAACA